CAUGACCAUUCCCCAAGGUGGUUCCAUAGUGACGAGAUCGGUGUGGGCCUCCAACCUUGAAACGGAGUUCGAGCUAAUCCGUUCCAUCAUCGCCUCCUAUCCUUUGAUCAGCAUGGAUACAGAAUUUCCUGGCGUGGUCUAUCAUUCCAACUUCGAUAUUCGACGGCCAGAAAAUAACUAUGCUGUACUGAAAGCUAACGUGGAAAGCAUGCAUUUGAUCCAAGUUGGUUUCACUCUUUCAGACUGUGAUGGAAACCUUCCAAGUUUUCAGUCCUCUGAUAAUUUUAUUUGGGAAUUCAACUUCCGUGAGUUCAACGUAGCACGUGAUCCUCACGCGUCUGAGUCCAUUGCACUCCUUCAACGUCAAGGUAUCGAUUUGGAAAGGAAUAAAAGAUAUGGAGUAAACAUUGUGCGGUUUGUGGAGCUGUUGAUGUUCUCUGGAAUGCUUUGUAACAGUAAUAUUCAAUGGAUCACUUUCCAUGGUGCCUACGACUUUGGAUAUCUUGUGAACGCAUUAACUUACAGAUUUUUUCCCACACAACCCACUUUGCCUGUGGACUUGUCAGACUUUAUGCAUUUGGUUAAGUUUUUCUUCGGAGGGACAAUAUACGAUGUUAAACAUAUGAUCAAGUUUUGUCCCAAUCUCUACGGUGGUCUGGAUCGAGUCUGUCACUCUUUGUGUUUGGACCGUGCUGUUGGUAAAAGACAUCAAGCUGGCUCUGAUAGUUUACUCACACUCCAUGCUUUCAACAAAAUCAAGAAAAUCUAUUUUUCCAAAAACUCUCAUUAUUACAAAAAUGUAUUGUAUGGCUUAGAACUUUUCUGA